CACAAUUAUAUAUAUCAUCAGCAGUCUAAACAUUCAAAUUUAGAUACUAAAUACUGAUUGAAACUGUGAUACAAAAAAAAUCACAGAGCCUUAUGCUUAAAUUUACAGAAAAUGAAAUAAUAAUAAGUAAAUUUAGCCCAAGCGGCCAGGCGCAACCCAGCCGUCAGCCCAGGCGGCUAGGCGCGGCCCAGCCAUGGUCAUGCCUGGCCCAAGCGGCCAGGGGCGGCCCAACCAACCAGUUAGGUGGCCAGGCGCAGCCCAAACGGCCAUGGGCGGCCCAGCCGGCCAGAUAAGGGUGCAGUUAGGGUAAAAACGCUAACUGCUCCUCCCUUUCUACAGCCGCCAGCGGCCAUGGAGGCGUUUCGCGGCGGCGCGCGGCAUCCCGGCGGCGGGCGCGGGUUCCUCCCGGUGGCGCGGUCCUAGCAGCGAGGUCUCGGUUUGGCUAGGGGGCGAGCAGGACCGACCCGGCUCGGGCGGCACCAGCCACGGCGCGGGUGGGCGAUCGCUGCCCCGCCACGCGGCCCCAGUGGCACGGUUGCAGGCCAAGGCACGGGCGCCCCCUAGUGCACGAGCGCACGGCCUCAACAGCACGCAGGCGCGCGACCCCCGGCGCAUAGGCGUGGCCUCAGCGACGGCACGGGCGCAGUCCCCGCGGCGGCACGCGUGCGCGGCUGUGGGCGCGUCCCCGCGGCGGCUCGCGGGCGCGGCCCGUCGUCUGUGAGCGCGGCCCCGGUGGCACGGCGGUCUCCGUCCCCGGCCCCAGCGCGCGCGCGGAGCGCGACUCCCCGGCGGCGCGCGAGAAUAGUUCGUCGUUCAGGGGCGCGGGCGCGGCACCCGGCCUCACAUGGCGCAGGCGCGCGACCCAGCGUGGGCUUGGCCAGCCAGGCGCGUCCCUGUGCGGGCACGCGGCCUCGCCACAGGCGUGCGGCCCCGGCCAGGUCCCGGCGCGGUCUCGACGCUCGGUGUGCCGCUGUUAGGCGGGCGAGGCCUCGACGGCACGGGUGCGGCUGGCAUGGCCCCGUCCGGCCGUGGGUGUCCCCGGCGUGGGCACGGGCCCAGCAGCCCCGGUGGCGUGGCGUGGCCCCAACAGCCCAAGCGGAGCGGGCGCGAGACUCCUCUGGCGCAAGUUCUGGCGGGCAGCGCUACCACCGUCUGUCCGCAAGAUUGCAGCACACAUGUGUGCAAGAACAGCGCCAUUGCAGAUGAGGACCGACAGAUACAUAACAAAACUGAGGAGUCCUGAUUAUAUACAUGUGAAGGGGUGUAUCCCAAGGGAUAUGUCCCUUAGGGAGAAUCUGUCGUACCCUUUGGAUUGGUCACAUAUACAAUAUACAAUAUUUUGUAACAGCUUUGACAAGACACUCCAAAGAUAGAUGAGGACGAAAAUUAUGUUUUAUUUUUUUUAUUUACUGAUUUGUCGUUAUACACACAAAUGUGAAGGUAUGUUUCUAUAGAUGUACAUAUUUAGAGAGCAGUUGCUCAUUGAUAAAGUGGUCUAUAACACUUCUUGAUCAA